CGUUGUAGUAUGGUUUUGGAUUUAUAUAUAUUUAUAUAUUGUACAAAUAAAUUGUUAGUUGAUUCACUACAUCGUAGUUCUUCGGUAGUGCUUAGACUUACCGCAAUGAUCUAAUACAUAUUAAACGGCUUACGUCAUGUCGAAGUUAAUUGCGUUUUUAUUUAUUCAAUGCAUAAUAUCAGUUAUUGCAUUGUCUGAGUUUAGUAAAGAGAAGAAAGAAAAAAUUAUUCAUGAUUUCAUUGAGUACCUGAACAAUCUUCCAAAUCAUCCAUAUGUCUAUGAUGAAGGUGUAUUAGAGAAAGCAGUGAAAAUUGAUCCUGAUGAUGAUAUUAUUCACAUAGAAGCUGUGCUCAGAGGUGGCGAUGAAGACAUUCAGUCUGAUAAAAAAAGUGUCAUGUGUACAGCAGACAUUAGAGAUUUUCCAGAAGGGAGCAUUUCAAUUGAGAAUCAGCCAGUAUGCCAGGAAGUAGAAGAUGUUAUUACUCAAAAUACAUACAAUCCAGAUUUAGAUGAAAUAACCAAGCAGCCACCAAUUAUACUGGAUAAUGAAGAAAAAACUGAAGGGGUUAUAUCUGGUGAAGAAUUUAUAGCUGUUCCAAGACGACACGAUGUACCAUGCACUGGCUGCGCCGACCACGUCAAUCCUGAAGCCGCUGGAGUACAAGAACUUGCUGAACUUGCAAUAAAACAUCUGGAUAAACAUGAUCCUGGCUCAAAACAUAUAUUAGAAACUAUUGUUGAUAUAGAGAGACAAGUUCAGGUAGUAAGUGGUAUUAAAUAUACCCUGAUUUUGAAGAUUAAUUUUGAUAAAUGUCCAGUGCCAGAAGGAGAACCGUGUUAUGAAAACAGAGCUUGUAAAAUAACUAUACUUGAAAAAACCUGGAUUAAAUAUACUGAUGGAACAAAAUAUAGAGCAAUUACUGCUAAUAAUUGUACAGAACAUUGGUUAUUUGGUGAUGACGGCGAAGUUGUUACAGAUACCAACGGUACAACAAAGUUAAAAUUAAAAUUAAAAAUUAAAGUCAUUAAUGGCAAUCAUAAAGCAACUACAGAUAAAUUCAAUGAUGUUCCUUUUUUGCAAGAGGAAGUUAUAAAUGCUCAACAUGAUCUGAAAUUGGAAACACAGUUACCUCGAGACAAAAUUCUUAGUGAGAAUGAAGUUAAAAACAUAGAGGAACAAAUUAUUCCUCACCAUAGAGUUGAAACUCUUAAAAACGUUAUUCACACACAUACAAACUAUUAUGAAACUGAUGACUCAAAACCAGCUAUUUCUUCUAGCCUUACAAAAGAAAAAAAUAACGAAAAUCCAUACAAUACUGCAAAUCCGUCACCGAGUGUAGAUAAAACAUCGUAUUUGUCUGAGGAAAAAAAACAAGCAAUCGAUGAUUUAUUUAAAAUUUUGAAUUCGGCUGGUUUUAAUUCUCCAGAUGAUACUCCUCGCAUUAAAAGAAGUUACGAUAGUGAUUUAAAGAUGUUGGCUGUUAUUGAAAAAUUGUAUAAGUUGAAAAAGAAUAUAAAAAAUGCUGACUUAAUAUACUCUUUAGCUCAAAAUAUGGUUGAUUAUUUGAACGAAAUGGAUAUUGAAACAAAGAAUAGAAAAUUAAAAGAAGUUGUUACAGCCGAGGAAGAAAUCGUAAAUUAUCAACAUUUCUACUAUAUACAAGCUCGGGUUGUUAUACCGUGUAACGAAAUAGAGUGCGAAAAUCUUGAUGGUAUAAGUAAAAUAUGUAAUGGAAUUAUUGAAUUAACUCAGACAGAAUCUACCCAAAUUCUAACGACUUUUUGUUAUGAUGAUCAAAAAUUGACUUCUAAUGUUGGUAAAAUAUUUCAAGUACCUUUAGACGAUAUUUUAUUAACACACAUGAUAAACAAAGCAAUUAAACAGGUAGAAAGUGAUCCUACAAAUCAGAAUGCGAUUUUAGUAAAACGGGUCUUAGAUGCAACUACUAGGAAAGAGGCUGGUAUUAUUACAAAAAUUUUAGUUGAAAUCGUAUUCACUAACUGCAAUAAAUCAGUGUCUUUUAAAAGAAGACAUAAUUGCACCAUUAUCGAAGACAAGGGUUCAAAAAUUUGUGAAAUUAAUAUUAUUGAACGACAUUGGAUAAAAGAGACAAAAAUUUUACAUUCAUGUGAAAAUAGAGGGAUUGAAGAAACGUUUACUAAUAUAAACAAUCAAGAAUAUAAGAACCUUCAAGAUUCAACAGUUACCGGUAUGCUAAACCAAGCCUUAAAAUUCUUAGAAAUAAAUUCGAACCGUAACAACAAACAAAGAAUUGUUGAUAUUAAUAACAUUACAACAAAAUUAUUUGCCGGACUUCUGACAAAAAUAAACUUUACGGUUGGCUAUACGGAAUGUAAAGAAAAUUUAAAAAAUUACAUAGACAUUGAAUCGUGCAAAUUAUUACAUAAUGAACCUAUUCGAAGAUGCCAACUGGUGGUUUGGGAUAGACCCUGGUUAGAAGAUGGAAGACAAUUUAAUGUUACUUGUGAUAACGACGAUAACCUAGCAAACCUAGCAAGAAAAAAAAGAUCUUCACACUUUGUUGGUGGCCCGUCAGAAAAAAACCCAGACGAUCCAAAGUAUGUGCUAUUAGCUGAGGAAUCAUUAGCACAAUUUUUAAUUAAUACUGGAAAUAAUAAAACACAUAAUGUUUUACGGGUUGAUCACGUGACGGUGCAAGUGGUUUCUGGAACUGUUACAACUAUACAAUUUAGCGUAUUUCCUACGGAAAGCCCUAAAACAGUAAUUCAUUGUAGUUCACGAAUUUGGGAAAAGUUUUGGAUGAAUUUUAAAGAAAUAACUAAUAUCACUUGUUAUAACAAGGAGUCACCAAAAGAAAAAAGAUAUGUCCCAGGAGGAGAAUCCGAUAAAGAUCCAAAUGAUCCUCGUUUUCUGACAUUAGCAAGAGAAUCAUUAAAUAAAUACGUCCAAAGUUCAGGUUCUAGUAAACACCACAAGCUGUUAAAUAUUAAGAAAGUUACAACACAAGUGGUUGCCGGAAGCAUUACUAGAAUUGAUUUUGAAGCAGCUCCUACGAACUGCGAAUUACAAGCUGUGGCCGAAGAGAGCUCUUCCGAUUGCAAAGUUGACGGUGAUGUCAUUAGUUGUCACGCUGAAAUUUUGGAGCAACCUUGGCUCAAUAAUAGAGAUGUUAAAAUAGAUUGCAAUAUAAAAGAAGCAUCUAGGAAAAAAAGAGAGACCUUGUUGGGAGGACAAUCCGAAAAAGAUCCUAAUGAUCCUCGUUUUUUGACGUUAGCAAGAGAAUCAUUAAAUAAAUACGUCCAAAGUUCAGGUUCAACUAAACACCACACUCUGUUGAAUAUUAAGAAAGUUACAACACAAGUGGUUGCCGGAAGUAUUACUAGAAUUGAUUUUGAAGCUGCUCCUACGAACUGCGAAUUACAAGCUGUGGCCGAAGAGAGCUCUUCAGAUUGCAAAGUUGACGGUGAUGUCAUUAGUUGUCACGCUGAAAUUUUGGAGCAACCUUGGCUCAAUAAUAGAGAUGUUAAAAUAGAUUGCAAUAUAAAAGAAGCAUCUAGGAAAAAAAGAGAGACCUUAUUGGGAGGACAAUCCGAAAAAGAUCCUAAUGAUCCUCGUUUUCUGACGUUAGCAAGAGAAUCAUUAAAUAAAUACGUCCAAAGUUCAGGUUCAACUAAACACCACACUCUGUUGAAUAUUAAGAAAGUUACAACACAAGUGGUUGCCGGAAGUAUUACUAGAAUUGAUUUUGAAGCUGCUCCUACGAACUGCGAAUUACAAGCUGUGGCCGAAGAGAGCUCUUCAGAUUGCAAAGUUGACGGUGAUGUCAUUAGUUGUCACGCUGAAAUUUUGGAGCAACCUUGGCUCAAUAAUAGAGAUGUUAAAAUAGAUUGCAAUAUAAAAGAAGCAUCUAGGAAAAAAAGAGAGACCUUAUUGGGAGGACAAUCCGAAAAAGAUCCUAAUGAUCCUCGUUUUCUGACGUUAGCAAGAGAAUCAUUAAAUAAAUACGUCCAAAGUUCAGGUUCAACUAAACACCACACUCUGUUGAAUAUUAAGAAAGUUACAACACAAGUGGUUGCCGGAAGUAUUACUAGAAUUGAUUUUGAAGCUGCUCCUACGAACUGCGAAUUACAAGCUGUGGCCGAAGAGAGCUCUUCAGAUUGCAAAGUUGACGGUGAUGUCAUUAGUUGUCACGCUGAAAUUUUGGAGCAACCUUGGCUCAAUAAUAGAGAUGUUAAAAUAGAUUGCAAUAUAAAAGAAGCAUCUAGGAAAAAAAGAGAGACCUUGUUGGGAGGACAAUCCGAAAAAGAUCCUAAUGAUCCUCGUUUUUUGACGUUAGCAAGAGAAUCAUUAAAUAAAUACGUCCAAAGUUCAGGUUCAACUAAACACCACACUCUGUUGAAUAUUAAGAAAGUUACAACACAAGUGGUUGCCGGAAGCAUUACUAGAAUUGAUUUUGAAGCAGCUCCUACGAACUGCGAAUUACAAGCUGUGGCCGAAGAGAGCUCUUCCGAUUGCAAAGUUGACGGUGAUGUCAUUAGUUGUCACGCUGAAAUUUUGGAGCAACCUUGGCUCAAUAAUAGAGAUGUUAAAAUAGAUUGCAAUAUAAAAGAAGCAUCUAGGAAAAAAAGAGAGACCUUGUUGGGAGGACAAUCCGAAAAAGAUCCUAAUGAUCCUCGUUUUCUGACGUUAGCAAGAGAAUCAUUAAAUAAAUACGUCCAAAGUUCAGGUUCAACUAAACACCACACUUUGUUGAAUAUUAAGAAAGUUACAACACAAGUGGUUGCCGGAAGUAUUACUAGAAUUGAUUUUGAAGCUGCUCCUACGAACUGCGAAUUACAAGCUGUGGCCGAAGAGAGCUCUUCAGAUUGCAAAGUUGACGGUGAUGUCAUUAGUUGUCACGCUGAAAUUUUGGAGCAACCUUGGCUCAAUAAUAGAGAUGUUAAAAUAGAUUGCAAUAUAAAAGAAUCGUCAAGGAAAAAAAGGGAUACUUUAGUGGGAGGAGAAUCCGAGGAAGAUCCAAACUUCUUUCAGUCUUCUCAAGAUUUUUUAAGUUUAAAUAAACUUGAACAGACUAGAACGAAAAGAUAUGCAGGUGAAGAUUACGUCGAUGAUGAUACUAAAUUCUACUUCGCUUCUCGUGCUGUUCAAUAUCUUAAUGACAAUUCUAAUACUAACAAUUUACAAAAGCUUAUAACAAUCCACGCAUUUCAAAGUAAAACAGUUAUGUAUGAGAAUAUAAUUAGAAUGUACAUUGAAACUGCACACACAUACUGUUUACGGCAUCAAGAUGAAGCUGAUCUAGCUGAUUGUGAAGAGUUAUCGGGUAUGUUUCAUAAAAUUUGUUUUGUUAAGAUACUUUCGUCGCCAGAUGAUGAGUUAAUUGUACACAGCAUUAAUGUUAUAUGUAAUGAUGAGAAAAGUUUUCCCACGGUAACGGGUAUAUCAAUAAAGGAUCUUAUUGUAGCUUCUAUUACGGAAUUAGAAGCUUCACCUAAAAUUAAAAAUAAGAUUGUACCCCACGGAGAACCUCAUUUCGUACCGCGUUUGGAUUCUCAAGUUCCAAUCAAGUUGAGUUUCCUUAUAGCAUUCACUAAUUGUAGCAAAGAUGUAGAAUUCGACAUAUUUAGCCUUCAAAUGAUAAAUGACUUGCAGACGCCUUGUACUGUCGAUUCGAUGAGACCAUCUAAAUCAUGUACAUCUUACAUUUGGACAACAGCAAAGACGAACAAAAUUAAAAGACUAAAAGUUAAAUGUUCACUUCCACAUAUGAUGCGAAAGAGAAGAUCUAUAUCUCUGCACGUUUCGAACGCAACAUCAGAUGAGGUUACUAUACAUAAUUUAGUCGAAGAAUCUAUAGAAAAACUGGAAAUGAUGUCACAGCAUAAAUACAAACAGAGACUCUUACAAAUAAAUGAUUAUUCAACUAAAAUAACUAGUGGUCGUGUUACAACCAUUAACUUUGAAGUCGGCUAUACGUCUUGUCUAAAAUAUGAAGCGAUUGACAAUAUUACAAAUUGCCAGUUUUUAGAACAUUUACCAAGAAGACGUUGUAUGUCGACUGUUUGGCAGCGUUUGUGGUUAGAUAAUGGUAACAAUAUUGAAGUAAAUUGUCAAGAUGAUGAAACACCUUUAGAAGCCCAUGUAGAAUUCGAAAAUCCCGAACAAGCUAUGCAGAUGGCGAAAGAGGCACUGAAACACAUCGAGGCAAAAUAUCCGCACCCCCGCCGACAGAAAGUUGUAAGAAUAUUUUCGUUAGAAAAGCAAACUAUAGCUGGCAUACAUUAUCGCAUGAAAAUUGAAAUAGGAAAUACAGAUUGCCUAGCAUUAAGCUUGAAUGAUACAUGCAAUUUAGUUAGUAAUAUGGGCGAUAACAGAUUUUGUAGAGUCAACGUUUGGAUACGCCCCUGGACGGAUCAUCCGCCCAACUAUCGUGUGUCCUGUGACUAUGAGGAAGGUGUUAACACCGAGAUUUACGUGCACUUGCAAGCCGAACAAUUAUUUUUCGACUUUAUAACUACUUACAGACCUGAUUAUAUUAACGACCAUACUGAAAUGGCGAAACGAUUUGACAUAUUUAAGAACAACGUUAAAAGAAUUCAUGAACUGAACGUGAAUGAGAGGGGAACAGCUCGUUACGCAGUUACGAGAUUCACCGAUUUGUCUUAUGAAGAGUUUAGCAACAAGUACUUAGGAUUAAAGCCAGGUUUAAGAGAUCAAAAUCAAAUACCUUUGAGGAUGGCGGAAAUUCCGGAUGUGAAAAUACCAGAUAAAUUUGAUUGGAGAACGUAUGGUGCUGUAACAGAAGUGAAGAAUCAAGGUUCAUGUGGCAGUUGCUGGGCCUUCAGUGUUACUGGCAACGUCGAGGGACAGUGGAAGAUUAAAACGGGUGAACUUGUAUCUCUCUCCGAACAAGAGUUGGUGGAUUGUGACAAACUUGACGAGGGCUGCAACGGCGGUCUUCCCGAUAAUGCUUAUAGGGCAAUUGAACAAUUGGGUGGCUUAGAACCUGAAACCGAUUAUCCAUACGAAGGAGUCGACGAUAAAUGUGUAUACAACAAGACGUUGUCAAGGGUUCACAUAAGUGGAGCACUUAAUAUCUCGUCGAAUGAGACUGAUAUGGCCAAAUGGCUCACUCAAAAUGGCCCUAUAUCGAUUGGUAUCAAUGCGAACGCGAUGCAGUUCUACGUGGGUGGCGUUUCUCAUCCGUGGCGUAUGUUGUGCAGCCCUACUAACUUAGAUCACGGAGUCCUCAUCGUGGGAUAUGGUGUCAAAGACUACCCUCUCUUCCACAAGCAUCUGCCUUAUUGGAUAGUGAAGAACUCUUGGGGUGCGUUGUGGGGCGAACAGGGCUAUUAUCGAGUUUACAGAGGAGACGGAACCUGUGGUGUUAAUUUAAUGGCUAGUAGUGCUAUAGUUUAAAAAAAUGACUAACAUAUGUAAAAUAAGUUAACCUUAUAGUUAAAAAGAUAAAAAAGAAAAAAAAGUUUUUUUGCUAUUUUUUUUGUUUUAUAAAGAGAUUCUAACAAAAAUACUCUCGAUGUUAACGAAAUUUUUUACUUUUUUUAUGUUAAGUGAUAAUAUUUAGUCUGUCAUAAUAACUUUUUAUUAAUCUUACGACCUAAAUGUGCCUUAAGUUUUUUAAGUACUAGAAUUAUAUAAUACGCUCUACUUACAAACCCAAUUAAUAAGUGAUAACUUGGUGACUUAUGACCUUGUAUUUAAGUCGAUAUAAUGUAUAGAAAAAAAAUUGUACCUACAAGAUCAUACAUCUCAUCUUAUAAUAAAACUAGUGUUGUGUAGUGAAAGUUAUGUUUUUUUACUAAUCUUUAAUAAUAUAAUGUGCUACUUAAAAUAAUUACUAUAAGAAAAACUUAGAUCUGACUUUUGGAGACUUUAAUAUACGUGUUACGAAAUA